AUGAUUCUUGAUACUUUCCAAGGAAAGUUUCGUUUUGCGCUGUCCCUUUUUAGCUUGUUCCACAUACUGGCCAUCAUUGGCUCAGCGAAAGAUGUUUACCUUGAGAAAUUUGGAGCAGAUGCGACGAUCAUGGGUUUGCUUUUCUCCGUGAUUUCUUUCUGGAGUCCGCUCACUGAGUGCCUGGUGGGACACCUGCAGGACCGCGAGGUGCUGAAGCGCUGUUUCCCAGUGGAGCGAUGGGGUCGCAGAGCUCCCUUCUUGGCCACGCAUUGCGUCAUAGCAGCGGUGGCUGCCAGUGCUGUGUACAUGCCACCUAGUAAUGCCACAGGUCCGCUGGAGGUCUGGUUCGUUCUCGUGCUCAUGUUGUCCUACUGGGGAGCUUCUUCCUGCGUCAUCGCCUUCGAAGCAGCCCGUCAGGAGAUCUACCCUUUCAAGGAGGAGCGCAUCGUCGUUGAAGGUCUGUGCAAGUAUACUAUGAUGAUGGGCGGGGGCUGUGGGGCUAUCCCUGUCUUGGUGCUGAUGGCUGAUGCUUCAAUGCUGCACCGCCUUCUGUUCGUGUUCUACAUUCUCCUGUUUGGCUUGGUGAGCCUGGAGGCAGUUCCGAUCUUCCGCGAUGCGAAGGCCGCUCCAUUACCGGAAGUCCCAUCAGAGGGGCAAGAGGUCCAAAGCAGCACCGGCGAAGCUGGUGGCGUUCUGCAGAUCCUGUGCGAG